AUGAAGAGAAGUCAAUCCUUUUCACAAAUUAAAGCAUUAAAUAAUUAAGUGAAAUUUGAAGAUUUCAUCCAUUAAUCUCCAUAAUAAAUUGAAAAUCAAAUAAAAUAAUAGCAAUUUAAUUUUUAAUAGAGCUUUGCAAUUUAAACUUUAAUUUGCCAAACUCCUUUAGAAAAAUUUAUUAAUUAUUCACUAGGAAAUACAAUAAUCAAAUAGGGAUUCAUUGCAGUAAAAAUAAAUAAUGGAAGUUUCAAGAAAUCUAAUAUCUAAUUAACUAGAGAGAAAUUAGUAAUUCUAGAAGAUUAAAUAUGGAAUCUAAUUUUUAAUUUAAAAUAUUUAGGAUAUAAUUUGAUUUAAGUAAUAGUUUAUCUAUAUUACAAAGUGUAAUAAAAAUUCCUUACAACUAAUUAAACUUGACUUUUUCUAGAUAGGUAAGGUAAUUUUUUUAAAAUUUAAUGAUGAAAUAUAAGGUAAAUUAUGGUAUUAAUGCUUGAGAAUGAUAGAGGAAAAGUUUAGGAAUUAAUAUAGAAAAAUAAUUAUUAAAGAUAUAUAUUUUGGAACAGAUUUUGUGACUGAGAAUGAAUUUCUGGAUUGGGCAGAAACAGGAGAUAUUCUACUUUUUUAGUAAUUUAAUAUUUAAUUUAAAAAAGAACUGAUAACUAUUUAGCUAAAUUACAAAGAGCAAUUACAAGUUCUUAAUUUGACCAUGUGGGACUCAUAAUUCGUAAAAAAGAACAUAAUGAAAUUAUGGUAGUAGAUGUAAAAAAUAAUAUUGUAAAAUUAAAUUUAAUUUUAGGGAGUUGAUUUUGAAUUUUGGAAAUUCUUUCUUAAAUUAAAUACUCAAUAUAAAAAGAUUAAUUAUAGGAAAUUAUUAAAUGUAGAUAGAGAAUUUAUAAAUUCAAAGAUUUAAGAAUUUAUUGAAGUAUUAUAUAUACUAUUAAGAAAGUUUAUGGUUAGGAAUUUUAAUUAAAUAUUAUGAAAUUGUUACAAUAAUAAAGCAAUGGAUUAAUCAAUAAAGGUUACUUUUGUAGUGAACUUAUAGCAAAGGCUUAUAAAUAUUGUUCCCUCUUGCCUUAAUAAAAAGCUAGUUCUUAAUAUUGGCCAGUUACAUUUUCUAAAUAACUAAAAUUAUUAAAUUAAGCAGAAUUGAGCCAUUCUAUGACGAUUUUAUUAGAUUUAGAUAUUAAAAAUUAAUUAUGA